CCACCCCAUUUCACUAUUGUCUUCCCUCCCUAAUCAUCAUCGGUCUGAUGCCAUUUCCCAUGUGAUUCUUUCUUCUCUCUUGUAUUACCACAGACACAGACUUGUGGGACCGAAUAACCAACCACCAACCGUAGGAAUCGACAGGUCGUAUGAUACAUUUGAUUGAUAAUAACUCUAUUCCCGCAGUCGAAGCACAUGGUGGUGUGGCACCGCACGGAUAGAUGAUGAUGCCUCUUGAUAAUUUUCUUGUAGAUGAUGGAUGCGUAUGCAGAUGAAUCCAUGAGGAGGUGUUGGGGAACGGCAACGAAAGCAAGCAGCGCAUCAUCUUUGAACCCCCAAAGCAAAACAGAGUUCUUCUUCACCGACGAGCAUUUACGAGUAGCGCAAAGGAGGAAAACAUCCUCGAUGCUACUCGCAGCAGCAUGCCUGCUGAUGAGAGAGCUACCACCGGCAGAGGAAUCUUUGGUACAUGUAGCCUCGUCGUAAGUUGCGUGUCUCCAGGGAGAGAGGGGAGAGGGAAUUCCAUCGCCACAGCCACAGCCACAGCCACAGCCACAGGCCACAGCCACCAGCCACAGCCACAGCCACAGGCCACAGCUGAUUGAGAUGCCCAUGAUUUCACCGCCAUCCAUCGCCCCCCCGAUAACAGAGAUCUGCUUCUAAACACCGAAUGAUGCCUCCCUCCCCCUCGUUCUCAAUUACACCGAUGCUGACCACAGAUUUCUUGCAAAUCCGGAACUUAGUUCAUCGUCACAUCGGAUGCAUCUGCCGAACAAGAGAGAGAAAUCAGGAAAUUAUUCUCAAACAGGGAGGGACUAUGGUGUUGCCACAGCGUCAAGUCAACGUUGUACCAUGUUUCGAGCGGUACGAACGAUGUAACUUCGUACGAGCUCGACUGUGAGGGCUCCAAACGUCGAAGAACACACAUGCGGUCGUGCCCUAAACACGCCUGUGAUCUUACUGAUCCACAAAAAUUAACCAAGUAUGUCAAGUGUUGUAGAAGAUCCGUGACCUAACGAGGGGAUGGAAAAUGGCGUGCAUGAAACGAACGAAGAGCAUGUGAUGUUACGAUUCGGAAUGAGUUGCAGACAUAAUGGUUGCAUCAUUGCGUUGCAUAAUGGGAGGAAGAAGAAAGGGCUGCCUGCUUCUUGGCAUCAUUGCAUCGAUUCUCUCUCUCUCUCUCUCUCUCUCUCUCUCUCUACCCUGAGCUAUAAAUGCAGCCAAGCUUUAGGUCUUACGCUCACCCACACACACACACCCUCUCUCUCUCUCUCUCCCUCUCUCUUUCUUAUAUGGAUCUCCAAAUCUCUUUUCCGUCUCUUGGUGGUACCCUUGACAAAGCGCUUCGUGUCUGUAUGCGUCCCAAAGAUGGCAGCAGUGUUUUCUCUGCACGCAUAAGGAGAGAUCACUGAGCAGAAGAAGACACGAGGAGGCGAGAGGCCGACUCAACUGUAGAAAGUUCACACUUGCAACAGUUGCUUCGUUGGGAGAAAAAGGCUUCUUCGUGAUCGUCGGACGUAGGAGGAAUCUCCAGAGGGCAUCGCAUCGUUUCGCUUCCCCACCCCCUCACUGCUCCGCCUGGCCGUGGACUUGGUCACCAGAGCCUGAGGCCUGAGGGAGACCGCCAUGGGAAAAGGUGUGACCUCUCGAUGUCUCUCCAGUUCUCUCUGAAACCGAUGCCGCCUCCUCUGAUUAGCUAAGAGAACGAGACUCGAUAGUAUCGGUCUUGUCUUUUCUUCUCUUCCUUGCAACUCGCUUUCUUGCCCUCUGCACUAUUCCAGAGAUCUUUGUGGUCGUAGGAACUCUUUGGAUUCUUGUCUUUGGAUCUUUGGUCUGAUGGUAACAGUAACUCCGGCGUUCGCUUCCGUGAAAUCUUCUUCCUCUGUUCCUAUUGUAGACUGGUGAUGGGCUAUGGGAAUCUGCAUCACUGCCUUCUAACCUGGUUUUGUGCCUUUUUCAGGAUUCUCUUCUCAACUCUGCGUUUGGUGAGCUGAGCUGAGCUGAGCUGAGCUUAGCAGUGCUCUGGAUUUGGUUCCCACUCAUAUCUGCCUCCUCUUCUUGCGUGAUGUUAUGUCAAGUGUCUUGGAACCACUAUCCACACAUACCACCUUGUCCUCUUCUCGCUUGUCCCUCUGGUUCUGCUACAUAAGAGAAGCUCCUUCGUUCCUGUUUAGCUUGUCAUUCUCUUUUGACCCAUUACACACUCACUGUCUCUGUCUCUGUCUCUGUCUCUGUCUCUCUCCCAUCUCAUGCAUCCAUGCCAUCCGUGUCACCUCCCUGCCAGUGUUUGCAGCUGAGGCCGCAUCUCUCGAACGCCAUCAAGACUAGAUUUUGAACGAGGAGAUCCAAUCUCGCCCUACUUUGUUUGCUUUCCGACUCUCAUCCGCUGGAUGAUUAGGAUAAAAGAGAUGAGUGAGAAAGGGUCGACUCCAUCCCGUGAGGACGACUGCUGAUCGCCUGAACCACCCUUCCCAGCAUCCAAAUAUUUCCCUGUCCUUCGAUUCCCAUGCUCGAUUCCUUCGUUCCUAUGGCUUCCGAUGAGAACCUCACCACGAGCUUCGUCAACCGCAUUCCGAUUGGAAAACCAGUGGUCAUGUCCGCCAGGGGGCUGUUCUUCCCCGCUGAUUCCGCCUUCGUCGAACGGGCUGCCAUGUUUUCGCACGCCGGUGGCCACUUCAGCGGCAUCAUCAACUCCUUCGCUUCGUCUCAACCGGUGGUGGCUCCUUGCGCUGAUAUCUCCAGGGAUGUCAUAGGAUCUCAGCUUCAGAAGAUCACGCUGACCGUAUCCGAAGCCAAAGAUGCAUCGCUCCCGCUCCCUCUGGACCAUGAAUCGACGAGUGGGAGUCCAAUCAAGAACCAGAGGAACAAAGCAAGCGCCCAUCUCACCGGAGGUAGCCAAGAAACACGCACCGCUUCAGCGGGUGCACCAGGGGAGUCGUGUCCGAGUGAUCUCGGCGCAAAGAAGAGAAAAACCAUCGAUCCGGACAAGGAAAGGGGUGAGCGAGCACGAAGAUGGCCACGAUCAUCGUCGAGGAACGCAGCAGAGGGCACCGAAGCCAAACAAAAACAAGAGCCGAAACACGUCGACGAUGGCUCGGAGAUGCCCAAGGAGGAGGAUUACGUUCACGUCAGAGCUCGGCGUGGACAAGCAACCAACAGCCACAGCAUCGCAGAAAGAUUGCGAAGAGAAAGGAUAAGCGAAAGGAUGAAGUAUCUGCAAAACCUCGUUCCCGGCUGCAGCAAAGUCACAGGGAAAGCAGUCAUGCUGGAUGAGAUCAUAAACUAUGUUCAGUCACUUCAACAGCAAGUUGAGUUCCUCUCGAUGAAGCUUGCAGCUGUCAAUGCUCAACACAACUACGGCAUGGAAGAGCUUGUUGCAAAAGAGAUGCAUUCCUGCGAUGGCACUUUGUCAGCAGCUGGAUUGCCACAGGAGAUGAUGAUGAUGAUGAUACAUCCUCAGCUACACCCAACAUCUCAACAGUAUGUUGUUCCGGGUGGGAUCUGUAGCAUGAUGCAGAUGCAGGGUUCCUGGGAGGAAGAACUCAGCGCUGCCAUGAAGCUGACGAGCGGUACUUGUCCGCCCAUCAAUGCUCAAGAUAAUGGUGGGAAGCCUUGUGAUGAUUUCACCAUGUAGGCAGGACUGCAUGCAACGAAUGCCUUAUUGCCCAAUUUUUGAGCUGACAUCCGACACUCGGUCGUGUUUGGUUUCAAGCUUUCCUCCUAAUGCUGGUAAAAGCAAUUGUUACUGUGUGCUUUGUGUGACUUUGAAGAUGUGUCGAAGAAGGAUGGAUGCAAGCCGCCGGUGAUAGCAUCCCCUGUUGUAUGAAUUGAAUGAAUGUAGUCGAUCAAUACUUAUGAAUGAACUGUUUGAAGAUGCCUGC